AUGGAACUCGUAUUCUUAAGCGUCAGAUAUAUACGUAUAUAUAUAUUACUGGACGAAUUUAAUUUACUCAGAGAUACAGUUCCUUUGGUUCUUAUUGUUGCAAAAAUUCGUAUUAUUCCAUUACUUUGGAAUAAAUGCCGUUAG